AUGGCUGCCGCUCUGGACGUGAACGAAGUGAGGGGAAGUUUUCCCGGAUUAGCUGGAGGGAAUGUGUAUUUCGACAAUGCCGGUGGCUCUCAAACCUUGGGGGCGGUAGCUGAACGUAUCCGAGACUACCUCGUGAACACCAACGUUCAGCUCGGGGCCAGUUACGCCACUUCAAAGGAGGCCACAAAACGCUAUUAUGAGGGUUAUACUGCCGCCGCGGAGUACAUUGGUGCCUCGGCCGAGGAAGUAGCACUCGGCCCAUCCACCACCCAACUAUUCUACAACGUUUCAUACGCCUUGAACUUCGAAGAAGGCGACGAGAUCAUCGUCUCCAUCAUCGACCACGAGGCAAACAUCGCACCAUGGGUCCUCCUCGCCGAGCGCCAGAAGCUCAUCCUCAAGUGGUGGCACCCCAACAACACCACCCCCGACGCCAAAACCAACCCCAAACUCCUCGCCUCCGACCUCCCCGCCCUCCUGACCCCCAAAACCCGCCUCGUAACCUGCACACACGCAAGCAACAUCCUCGGCACGAUCCACGACAUCGGCGCCAUCAGCCGCACGGUACACACCCACAGCCCCAACGCCCUCGUGUGCGUCGACGCCGUGGCCUACGCGCCCCACCGGCAGAUCGACGUCCGCGCCCUCGGCGCCGACCUCUACGCCUUCUCCUGGUACAAGGUCUACGGCCCGCACCUGGCCAUGCUGUACGCCAGCCCGCGCGCGCUCGCCGCGCUGCGCUCCCUGGGCCACUUCUUUAAAUCGCACCGCUCCCUCGAGGAUAAGCUGGGCCUCGCCGCCGCCGGAUACGAGCUCGUGCACGCGCUGCCCGCGGUCGCGGCGUACCUGGAUGGGCGCUGGGAUGCGAUCGCGGCGCAUGAGUGUCGGCUGCAGCAGACGCUGCUCGACUGGCUGGAUGCGCGCGGGGAGGAGGUGACUGUCUAUGGUGAGCGUGGCGCUGGGGGUGGGGGUGGUGGUGAUGCUGAUGUGCGCGUGCCGACGGUGAGUUUUACGGUGCGCGGGUGGGGAUCGAGGGCGCUGGUGGAGCGGGUUGAGGCUGAGAGUAAGGGGGUGGUUGGCUUCCGGUGGGGUGGGUUCUACUCGCAGAGGUUGGUGGGCGAGGUGUUGGGGUUGGGGAAGGAAGGGGUGGUCAGGGUUAGUAUGGUGCAUUAUAACACUGUGGACGAGGUGAAGACGUUGAUUGCGUUGUUGGAGAAGGUGCUGGAUGAAAACAGUCCUCAGACGAAACUGUAA